AUGUUGACGCCAGAGUACAUAGAGGAGCAACGGAGACUCCGAGAGUUACGUAAACAGCAGAAACGAACUCUGAAUGAGGCAUUGGGCAAAAAACUGCCCCUGCCCAAGAAGGAUAUCUUUAUAAAGAGACCAAUGUUGGCGCUACCAGGCACAGAUAGCCUUGACGAACCCGAGUUCAGAGUCAAGAUCAUGUCCUACAACAUUUUGGCACAGUCUUUGAUCAGAAGGACCCUUUUUCCUACUAACGGAGCUGCACUUAAGUGGCCCAACCGGUCCAAGGCUCUCUUGGAGGAGUUCAAACAUUACAAUGCGGAUAUUCUCUGUCUCCAGGAGGUAGAUGUAAUUCAGUUCAAGCUGUUCUGGAGCAAAGAGUUCGAUAAGUUGGGGUAUAACCAUAAAUUUUACAGUUGUGGAACCAAGAAUCACGGGGUGGCCAUCGUGUUCAGGAAGGAUAUGUUCAUUUUCAGAUACCAGACUGUUAUCAAUUACGACAAAGAAGAUACCGAUCCCAGUGAUAAUAUUGAACUACCUCCUCCUCGUACCAUAACUCAGAAUAUAGGUCUACUUGCAUUUCUUGAGUUUACCCCAGCUGUUCUAAAAAAGUAUCCGAAGGUUAGAGAGAGGAAUGGGCUCAUUAUAGGUACCACUCACAUGUUCUGGCACCCCUUUGGUACAUUUGAAAGAACCAGACAGGCUUUCUUAGUCUUGUACAAGUACAAACAGUUCAUGAAAACUCUCAGUACGACCAUUGGAAACAGUAAGAACUUUUAUACGUUCUUUUCGGGAGACAUGAACAGUCAGCCAUAUGAUUGCCCUUAUCUAUCCAUUACAGCUAAGCCAGUAAGUUAUGAUAGUAGGGCCAAGAAUGUGAUCACAUGUGCCUUGUCGUAUCAGUACUCUAAGCGAAGAAACAGUCUUGAAGUCAAGGAUGGAGAAGAUGCUAUGGAUAAACCCAAUCCUACCGAAACUGAGCCCGAAUUCUACGAAGGCACAUCCGAAGAACAGAAAUUAGUCAAAUCUAUUCAAGAUGCCCACAAUGCACUCGAUAUGAGAGCCAUCUCGUUGUAUGCUGUGGGAUACAAACAGGUUCACCCAAAUAACUCUGGUCUUGACAACAACAGAAACGAGCCAAUGUUCUCCAACUGGGCUAACUCCUGGCGAGGACUUCUUGACUAUAUCUUUGUGAUUUCCAGGUGGGAUGCUGGAAAAGAAGAUCUUGCUUCCAGAGUAGAUUCACCACUAGAAGUAGAGCAAAACCAGGGAAUCAGGUUGGUCAAGUUGUUAAGAAUGCCCGAGCCUAAGGAAAUGGGACCGGAGCCAUCAGGACAGCCUCGUUUGAACCAGUAUCCUUCUGAUCAUCUCUGUUUGAUUGCUGAGGUCGAAUUGGUGUGA